CUGAGAAGGAGAUCCAGGCAGCCAAGCUCCGCAUGCAUUCUCUCCGCUAAGCUCGCCGCCAUGCGCCGGCUCGAGUGCCGCCGCCUCCUCCUCGAGCGCCGUGCCGCCGACCUCGCCUCCCGCGCCGACAUCGACGCGGCACGCGCGCCGCCGCCUCGUCGCCCGCGACCUCAGAUUCAAACAUCCGCAUGCUCUGAUCGGGCGCGCAACUCAGUGAGGGGCGAGAUCGAGGAGGCCGAGAGGAGGGAGCAGGACUGGCACCGCUUCUACGAGGGCAAGAGGAAGGAGAUGGAGGAGUUCCAGGCCGAGUUGCGGCGGUUCGAGGUGGAGACUCGCGAGCAAGUGCAGAGGCUGAGGGAUUCAGUUCUCAAGUAUGGUCCCGAUACUUGCAUCCAUAAACUAUGAUCUAUUGAGCUCAUCACAGUGUUCCUAGCUUGUUUAUCCUAAUUAAUUGCAACUGGUUGCUUGGGAUCUGGGUGAAACUGGUAAAUUGUUACUGAUUCUGUUCGUCUGGGCAUGCUCAAAUCAAACGGCAAUAAUGGUGCAGAGGUGUUUAAUAUGCUUUGGUCUGAUCUAUCUGGCCAGUAGCUCGUCUUCUCUGUUCUAUUUUUUAAGCCGGCGUGGCCCUGCUAGUUUAUGAUACACUUGCUUGGUCCCGUACAUGCAUGUAAAAGCUUCAUUUGACAACAAAUAUGUACACAUGGGUGGAUUGAACCAUGAUAUCCAAUGGUGC